AUGAAGACCCAGGCUGGCCGGAAGCUCAGUCUGCUGAAAGUGAAAAAGAAGUGGUUCUUCCCUGCUUCCUGCAGCUUCUUCUUCCUGCUCUCUGUGCUCAUGACUGGCUGCUUCCUGUGGCAGUAUUACCUCCCCAAGCUGCAGACUGGUUCCUUGGGACCAGAAGUGACCUCUGACCCCGUGAGGAUGUGUCCUCAGCACCCUGAGCCUGUGCCCCUGGUCCAUCCUCUACCUGUGUUGAAGGAGGCCCUGGAGAAGGUGGACAGGAUCCUGCGCCAGGCAUUGUCUGCACCAGGCCUGGCUGCUAUGUCUGCAGUAGUCAUCCACAAUGACACUGUGCUCUGGACCAGGAACUUUGGAAGGAAGAAUGGUUCAGACCCGGCUUCUGGACCCCCCAAUGAGUACACCAUGUACAGGAUCUCCAGCAUCUCCAAGAUCUUUCCCGUCCUCAUGCUGUACCGCCUGUGGGAGGAGGGCAUCGUAGCCUCUCUAGAUGACCCUCUGGAACGUUAUGCGAGCACCUUCACCAUUAACAACCCACUGGGCAUGGCAUCAGCCCCCAAACAACAGAACCUGAUGGAUGGGUUGGAGGAGGUGGGCCCAGCUCCAAGGCCAUCACCCGUCACCCUCCGACGGAUGGCCAGCCAGCUCUCAGGGCUGCCCCGAAGGCUCCGCUCGACUUCGCUGCUGUGGAGGGGCAGCACCCAGGAGGCCCUGAGCCUGCUCAAGGAUGAUGUGCUGGUGGCAGACCCAGGAACCAGAUGCCAUUACAGCACGCUGGCCUUUUCGCUUCUGGCUCAUGUCCUGGCAGCCCACACCGCCCAUGGUGACUACCAGCGCUGGAUAUUGGAGAAUGUCCUGGAGCCGCUGGAGAUGGUAGACACGGGCUUCGAUCUUACGCCUCCUGUACGCGCCCGCUUGGCAGCUGGCUUUUACGGCAGCGGGCGGCCGGCGCCACUCUACGACCUCGGCUGGUAUCGCCCGUCGGGCCAGAUGUAUUCCACCCCCGCCGACCUGGCCAAGCUGGCCAUGGUGCUCCUGGGCAGCGGGCCCCGGCGGCUUCUGCGACCCGAUGCGGCCAAGACAUUGCUGGCGCCGCUGCUGUUCCGCACGCUGGCGCUGCGUCACCUGCGCGGCCGCGUCUUCCAGCUGCACGUGGCGCGCGAGUUUCCGUGCGCGCUGCCGCUCGGCGACUCCUGGCUGUCCCUCGAGGCCCAGCAUGGGCAGCUGGUCAACUUCUAUCCCUUGGACCGCCACGGGCUGUCCCCCGGCUUCGACGUGCCGGGCCUUAACACGUACCGGGUGCUGCGGCUGCCGCACAAGCCGGUAUUCAAGACCCAGUGACCUUGGGCUCUCUUCUGAGUGCCCUCUUCUCUUGCUUCCCAGCUUUCCAACCUAAUUUUGCAAGGAGUCAUACAGUAUGGAAUCUUCUGGGAUUUCCCUCUCCCUCCACUCAGCAUAAGUCUCUGGAGAUUCAUUGAACUGUUGCAAGUAUCAACAGUUUGCGUCUUUUUGUUGCAGAGUAGUGGUCGC